AUGCCCAAUAUCCGGACCAUCAACACGGUUCGCAUUCGAUCUUACCUAUUUCGCCUCCCGCUCUUCACAAGGUUUGCUCUUAUCCUCAUUGUGCUCUUGUGGGCGCUGGGGUUGCAGACAGUAUGGGAUCUGCGAAAAUGGGGGUCUCUGAUACCCUCUGAGGUGUCCUUGUUGGCUGCUCACCGGCUCACGACCUAUCCGUUGAUCCAUCUUAAUGUCUUCCAUGCGGCGCUGAAUGUCAUUGCACUCGCCCCUCUGUUGGAGAGGUUCGAAUACGAAUAUGGAACGCUGAACACCGUCGCGCUGUUCUUUGGACCACUGACAUCGUUCCCUGGGCUGCUCUACCUCUUUUUCGAAUCAUUGAUUCUCCGAUCGAACAAUGCUGUCAUGGGAGCAAGUAUCUGGGUGUUUUUGCUGUUGGGAAUGGAGGCGAUCAAGACUUAUAAAACCAACCCCUAUCUGGUGAUCGGGACACACCAUAUUCCCACCUGGACGACUCCGUUGUUGAUGGUUUUUGUCAUUGCUGUGUUGAUGCCCAGCACGAGUCUUCUUGGCCAUCUGUGCGGCAUUGCCAUUGGCUACUUCGCUGGAUUGGGGUAUGUUAAGUACCUGACCCCUCCUGAAGGUAUCCUACGAGCAGUGGAGUCCCGCCUCAACCUCCUCGCCAUCCUGCCACACUAUGUGAGCGUUGACCAGAAGACAUAUGGGCGUUUUGGUGUUUUGCCAUCCAACAGCCGUCCUGGCGGAAGCCCCGCAACAGAGCUUGUUGGAAGCACCCAGCGCCUUGGUCCAUGA